CGGCCCCCUAGCGGCGGCGGGGCGGCCUGAGGAGAGGGGAGCGAGGGCGGCGAGCCCCCCACAGCCCCGUCGGGCCGUCAUGCUGUUCCGCUUCGGCGUGGUGCUGCCCGGCCGCAUGGCGGAGGGCGACGGCGCGGUGCUGGUGGCCGGCUCGCGGCCGGAGCUGGGCCAGUGGGACCCGCAGCGCGCCGUGCCCAUGAAGCCGGCGCGGGCGGCGGCGGCGCUGUCGGCGCAGGAGCCGGCGCUGUGGCUGGGGGAGGUGCUGCUGCCCGACGAGGAGGCCGCCAGCCCCUUCUGGUACAAGUUCCUGCGGCGGCAGGGCGGCCGCCUGCUCUGGGAAGGUAAUGGGCCCCAUCAUGAUCGAAAUUGUGUUUAUGAUGAGAGCAACGUAGUCGAUGGAGUUUACUGCCUCCCAGUAACACACUGGAUUGAAGUCUCUGGACAUACUGAUGAGAUGAAACAUACAACUGACUUCUAUUUUAAUAUUGCAGGACACCAGGCUAUCCAUUACUCCAGAAUUCUGCCAAACAUCUGGCUGGGAAGUUGCCCUCGGCAGCUGGAGCAUGUGACCGUCAAGCUAAAACACGAGCUGGGUGUUACAGCGGUGAUGAACUUCCAGACUGAGUGGGACAUUGUUCAGAAUUCCUGGGGCUGCAACCGCUAUCCAGAACCCAUGAGCCCUGAAAUACUCAUGAAACUAUACAAAGAGGAAGGUCUUGCCUAUGUCUGGAUGCCAACCCCGGAUAUGAGCACUGAAGGAAGAAUACAGAUGUUGCCACAAGCUGUCUGCCUAUUGCAUGGGCUGCUGGAGAAUGGACACACUGUCUACGUUCACUGCAACGCUGGCGUUGGCAGGUCUACGGCUGCUGUCAGUGGCUGGCUAAAGUACGUGAUGGGAUGGAGCCUGCGGAAAGUGCAGUACUUCCUGGCUUCCCGGAGACCAGCUGUGUACAUAGAUGAGGAAGCCCUGAUUCGUGCUGAAGAUGAUUUCUACCAGAAAUUUGGACCUCUUCGUUCCUCAUGCAAAGUGCAAGAGUAGAAAAGCAGAAGAGGAAAAGGAAGGUGAAGAGGAAUCCUUGCAUGUGAACCCCAAGAAUUUAGAAAUCAUGAGUCAAAUUCCUGUGUCUCCUCAUCAGAUUAUGCAGUUGUCAUAACAUCUUGAAAAUUUUGUUAAGAAGUGCCUUUGAGUGUUUUUUAUUUGCCUUCUUUAAGUUGAUGUGAUUCAUGUUUUCAGGCCUUUAGCUGCAAAUACAAGACCUAGAAGCUCUGCAAAGGGAAACUAAGCUUCUGUUUUAAUUACUUGCCUACAGGAACUUAAACAGGGUUCCUAGGUUUUUAGGGUAGACAUAAAAUAAGGUAAGACAUAAAAUAAUUACUGUUGGCAGUAUUUCAGUGAGAAGAAAGGGAAGGAAUUCUCAGAAAAAAAACAGAUACAAAGGUUGACUGACUUCAUGUUCAAGUUUUGAUGGGGCUGAUAGUCAAAAUUGCUCAGUUAUUUUAGAGUGUACAUUAUUGAAAUGUUUUCUAGUAAUUUUUAGAAGAAUGGUAUUAAUAAGAAAGACCAGAAGGAAACAGACUUUCCAUCUGAGGUCUUUAAACAAAAACUGAUGGCUAAUGCAGGGAACUAAAUUUUGCUUUCCUUGCCUAUCCAGUCAAUGUUAAAUAUUAUGAGUUACAGCUAUGUUCUUUUAUGACAUUGAGGUUAAGCUACAAUGUGACAUGAAGAGAGGAAACCGUUUCACUUAAUAGAAUCUUACUGUGUUGCAGGGAAGAACUGCUAUUUAUUACAUUAUCCUAGUUUGUGAGCUCUGUAAGUCACAGGUAUGUUUUGCUCUUCAGGUACAUGCAGUGCUGUGAAGUGGGAUCUCUGGGUGCUAUGUCAAUCAGUGACAUAGUGACCACUAGCCUAAAGCAGAACGUGUAGCAGAACUUGAUGAGCCUCUGCAUAUGACUGGCAGCACAGCCUCUGUGUUGACACAGAUGGAUUUCUUCUCUACAGCAGAAAUCUCUUCAUGUGGAAGAAAUCUCUUCAGCCUGUGGAAGCUGAUGGUGGGCUGUCUCUGGGGUGAAUGGAGCAAGUGUGUGUGAAUGGAGCAAGUGUGCUCUGUAGGAGCAAAGAAAAACUCUUCGGGCAGUUUACCCAGGAAUGUGGUCUAGGUCAGGCUGUGGAUGAUCCCUAAUGUUUUCCAGAGCUGCUCAGUCCUUUAGCUAAACUAAGAAGUGGUACCAAUAGCGUCCAGCCCUGCUCAGGUAAAACCAAUUUGCUGUAGGUUAUGUCCAAGAGAGAUGAAGGAAGAGAAAGCAUUCCCUAAGGAACAGGUGAUUAAGGAUGCAUCAACAUAUGAAUUUCAUUUCUAUAGGUUAAGUAAAAUCUCUUUACUUUUCAGCCACUCAUCUUAUUCCUCUAAAGAACCAGUCAGUGCCAAAGUAGUUUAGCUGAUAUAUUUUGAUUAUCUGAAUACUUAAUGGAAGAACUAUUGGAUUUGAACUGUUUAUGGAGAAAGUCCAGCAUAAUGCAAUAUGUUUUAUUUAUCUUUAAUUAUCUUCAAAAGGAAGAUGGCAAUUUAAGUUAUUCUAAGUGUGUGGUUUUGAUCUUGAAUUCAUAUCUGUGGUUUUGUUUUGUUUGUUUGUUUUGUUUUUGUUUCGCUUUGAAAUAACAUUGCCUGUUUAGAUAUGAAAAGUCAAUGAAUAAUGUCCAGCAUAAUACGUUUUGUUUAUCCUGUAUUUAUAUCAUCUUCAAAAAGAAAAAAAUGUUUAUUUAA